AUGGGGAAAGAAAAACCAUCGGUAACUCCCUCCCUUUCUGAGACAGUAUUUCCAGCUGUGACUAUCCUCCCCAGUCAACAGCCAGUUCUAAAAGGGACACAGGAUACACCAAAUACAAACCCUUCUCCAAAGAAAAAGUCUCUUUCCCCGUUGGAUAAGGCCAAAGAGAAA